CGAGCCGCGCCGCGCCGCGCCGCGCCAGUCGCACCCGGCCCCGGCUCUACAGAGCUACCCCGGCCGGCGGCGCGGCCCGGUGGGCCCGGCGGCGCUGCAGCCCAUGGAGCUCGAGAACAUCGUAGCGAACACGGUGCUACUCAAGGCCCGGGAAGGUGGUGGUGGAAAUCGAAAAGGCAAGAGCAAGAAAUGGCGGCAGAUGCUUCAGUUCCCCCACAUCAGCCAGUGUGAAGAGCUUCGGCUCAGCCUCGAGCGUGACUACCACAGCCUGUGUGAGCGGCAGCCCAUCGGGCGCCUGCUGUUCCGUGAGUUCUGCGCCACGAGGCCUGAGCUGACCCGCUGCACUGCCUUCCUGGACGGGGUGGCUGAGUACGAAGUGACCCCUGACGAGAAGCGGAAGGCAUGUGGGCGGCGGCUAAUGCAGAAUUUUCUGAGCCACACGGGUCCUGACCUCAUUCCUGAGGUUCCCCGGCAGCUGGUUACUAACUGCGCCCAGCGGCUAGAGCAGGGGCCCUGCAAAGACCUCUUCCAGGAGCUGACCCGGCUGACCCACGAGUACCUGAGCAUGGCCCCUUUUGCCGACUACCUCGACAGCAUCUACUUCAACCGAUUCCUGCAGUGGAAGUGGCUGGAAAGGCAGCCAGUGACCAAAAACACCUUCAGGCAGUACCGAGUCCUGGGCAAAGGUGGCUUUGGGGAGGUGUGUGCUUGCCAGGUGCGCGCAACAGGCAAGAUGUAUGCCUGCAAGAAGCUGGAGAAAAAGCGGAUCAAGAAGCGGAAAGGGGAGGCCAUGGCACUAAAUGAGAAGCAGAUCCUGGAGAAAGUGAACAGUAGGUUUGUAGUGAGCUUAGCCUAUGCUUAUGAGACCAAGGACGCACUGUGCCUCGUGCUGACACUGAUGAAUGGAGGCGACCUCAAGUUCCACAUCUACCACAUGGGCCAGGCUGGCUUUCCUGAAGCACGAGCUGUCUUCUACGCUGCUGAGAUCUGCUGUGGCCUAGAGGACCUGCACCGGGAGCGGAUUGUGUACAGGGACCUGAAGCCAGAGAACAUCCUACUGGAUGACCAUGGCCACAUCCGCAUCUCUGACCUGGGACUGGCUGUGCAUGUACCAGAAGGCCAGACCAUCAAAGGCCGGGUGGGCACCGUGGGCUACAUGGCUCCAGAGGUGGUAAAGAAUGAGCGGUACACAUUCAGCCCUGACUGGUGGGCAUUAGGCUGCCUCCUGUAUGAGAUGAUCGCAGGCCAGUCGCCCUUCCAGCAAAGGAAAAAGAAGAUCAAGCGGGAGGAGGUGGAGCGGCUGGUGAAGGAAGUGCCUGAGGAGUAUUCUGAGCGCUUUUCCCCGCAGGCCCGCUCACUCUGCUCCCAGCUUCUCUGCAAAGACCCUGCGGAGCGCCUAGGGUGUCGUGGGGGUGGCGCUCGAGAGGUGAAGGAGCACCCCCUUUUCAAGAAACUGAACUUCAAGCGGCUGGGAGCUGGCAUGCUGGAACCGCCCUUUAAGCCUGAUCCCCAGGCUAUUUAUUGCAAGGAUGUUCUGGAUAUUGAACAAUUCUCCACAGUUAAAGGUGUGGAGCUGGAGCCCACCGACCAGGAUUUCUACCAGAAGUUUGCCACUGGCAGUGUGCCCAUCCCUUGGCAGAACGAGAUGGUGGAGACUGAGUGCUUCCAGGAGCUGAAUGUUUUUGGGCUGGAUGGCUCAGUUCCUCCAGACCUGGACUGGAAAGGCCAGCCGCCUGCACCCCCCAAGAAAGGACUGCUGCAGAGACUCUUUAGUCGCCAGGAUUGCUGUGGGAACUGCAGCGACAGUGAGGAAGAACUCCCCACCCGCCUCUAGUCCCCAGCCUGAGGCCCCCACCGGCGAUUGGCGGUAGCAGCUACUCUGAAUGCUGUUUACAGUUUUGCACAGUGGUCUUCCCCAUUGUCCACUCAAGUCGUGGCCUGGGGAACACAGCCGGAGCUGUCCCCAGUGUCCUCUGCCCCUCAGCCCCUGGCCUGGCUGAGUUUGGCAAGGACUGGGCCGUCCCUGGGACAAAGGUGCGUCCCUUCAGCUCUUCUCCGGAGCUCAGGGCUUUCUGUAUUUAUGUAUUUGUACGAGUGUCUAUCGCAACCAGAGCGCUCUUAAUUCCCACCCCAGACCGGCGCCCUGGCUUCCACUCCUCUGUGCAGCCAGCCCUGGUCAGGAGAGCUGGGAGCUGGCAGAGGAGUUACUGCCAAACGAGGCUUCUCAGGCCCAGCUCAGAUCGCCUGAGGCUGGGCCAGGCCACACCCUUGAGUCCCCAGCACUGCACUGGCCACCACCAACCUCCAAAUGACAGUUGUGCCUGCCCCCACUGUCCUGGGCUCAGGCCACCACCAUUUCAGACCCAAUACUGUCCCUUCAAGCACUUGUUAGAGCUGGAUCUGGGGCUUCAGUGUCCCCUAGGCCUGUGCCAAAGUGUGACCAGAGAUUGGGCUGACCAUGAGACCCAUCAGUCCACUGCCCAGGUUGUCCCAGAUGGGUCUUUCUCUGCCUUCCAGCUCCCAGGGCACUUUGUCUCUUAUGCUGGGCCCUGUCUUGAAGACACCUCUUCAGAAAUGCUCCAGCUCAGACCAUAGGAGGGUGUGGGGUAUCCCUGGCCAAACCUCCAUCAUUCCAGAAUCUCUUCAUAACAACAGACACACGUCCCCAGCAAUAAUCCGCCCUCCCUGUGUGUGCCCAUGGGGAGCGUGUGUGUGUGUGUGUGUGUGUGUGUGUGUGUGUGUAACUGUGUGUGAAGGGGGCAAGGUAAGGCUGUGCCUGUGCCCCAGGUCCCAGCCCUGGUCCUUCCCAGACUGUGAUGACCAUCCUGGUCCCAGUGUUAGGGUAACAUGGGAUUAUAGGGCCCUAGAUUUUCCAUAUUUAAAGCCAAUUUUUAUUACUCAUUUUGUCCAAUGUAAGCUGCCACGUGUCUCUGUGAAUACAGUCUGAGCACAAACCUA